UUUAUGUCUUGGAGUAAAACGUGAACGCAUGCUAGAUUGUUUUUGGUAAACUUUUGAGGAACUUAUUUUAAUUUGUUUUACGAAAACCGAUUUGUUAAAAUAUGUUAUAGGAUUUCUUUGAUACAUCUUUAAAAUAUUGGCCUUUUUAAUUGUGAAAAAGUAGCUGUUGUCUAUUUUUUGCUAAUGGAAGUGCUGACUCCAUCACAGAUACUCUGCAUUGCAGAAAGCGAAAAAGAAACCGUUAAUUUACCUGUUGACAAAAAUAUCCCAAUUGUACCGUUCAAAGAUGAAUUAAAACAAAUUAAAAGUGGUGCUGUAUUUCAAAAAAUAUGCUCAUCUUGUCAAGCUCCUUCAAAAUAUCAAUGUCCAAAGUGUUCAAUUCUGUCUUGUUCUGUUAACUGUGUGAAGGCUCAUAAAUUGGAAAAUAACUGUGAUGGGAUGAGAGAAAAGACUGCAUUCAUUCCGGUAGAAGAAUUCAACGACUCUCAACUUCAUAGCGAUUUUCAUUUUCUUGAAGAUGUGCGCCGAGAUAUUGACAUAGCUCGACGAGGGAAGAAGGGUAAAGGUCUCUUGUUUGGUCUUUUACCUCAUCAUUUAUUUAAAUUGCAAUUGGUUGCAAGAUUGCGCAAAACAGAUUUGCAAAUAUUACCUGUGGCAUUUUCCAAGCGAGCACGCAACACUACGUAUCUUAGAUAUGGUGACAAAAAAAUCUUCUGGAGAGUUGAAUGGGAAUUUCCUCAUGUUGAAUUUUCAUGUGUUGAUGAAAGAGUUGAUGAAGAUGAAAUCCUUGGAAGUUGUGUUGAUAAGUACAUCAAUGAAAAAUCAGAGCAUUCAAAUGAGAAACUUUCUUAUUACCAUUCAUUAAAAUUUUCAGAAAUAGCUAUUUUAAUGAAGGAUGGAAAUAGCCCUUCAAAAAUGGAUCAGUACCAUAUUCUGGAACUAAAUAAAAGCUUGAAGUCCAAUUUCAAGUAUAAGAAAAUUAUAGAAUAUCCAACAUUUCUUGUUAUAUCUAAACUUCACAUGUCAUGUUAUGAGACUGUACCAUAAACAAUAGGUAUUUAUUGCAUUUACAACAAAUGUAUUUACUGAGAAAAACUUUGUAAAUUUUGUAAAAAUAAAUUGUUUUAUUGCCUAUAUUUA